AUGCUCAUCUCCAUAGUUAUGGGCAAAGUGGACCAGGAGACUAAGAGGAAGUGGAAUGAGUCGCUGGACUACACUACGUUGCCUUCGUGGGACAAAUGCGUUGGAGUCGUUGAACGUCAAUGUCAAUAUUUGGAAUCGGAUAAGAAGCCUCCUGCUAAAGCCCCUAUGAGUCAACCAGGUGGCCAUAGGUCGCGCUCGCAGAGGAAUCAGGCAAAUAAUCGCCUCAAUGCAGUAAAGCGCCACAAGCUAUGCAUUAAUUGCCUUGGCAGGGGUCAUCUUGUAGCCAACUGCCCGUCGACGCGGAGGUGCCACUCAUGUGCACUACCGCAUCACUCGCUGCUUUAUCGGCCAUCGCCAGGAUCGGCCGCAGCUCCCUUGCCACUCCCUCAAGUUUCGGACGCAGUCGCGCAUACUCACAGGGAGUCUCGUUCCGACUGUGUCAUUCUGGCCACGGCACUGAUUCUGGUCAAGGAUGCAUCUGGAAGCUACAAAAUAGGAAGAGCGCUUCUGGAUUCAUGUUCUCAGGUGAAUUUCAUAUCCGAGGAGUUUGCCCAAAGACUUCGACUGCCACGGAGCAAGCUCAACCUCGAGAUUCGUAGCAUUGGUGAGACACAAACGCGAAUUAAACACCAUGCAACCACCAAUAUCAAGUCGAGGCACAAUGGAUUCGAGUUGCUCCUUGCCUAUCAUCCAGAAUCGGAAAUUGACAUUUCUGCGUGGAACCUUCCGCAGCACUCAUCUCUUGCUGAUGAGAGCUUCAACAAGUCUCGUCGGAUCGAUCUGCUUUUGGGGACGGAAACCUUCUUCGAUAUAUUGGCAGUCGGCCAAGUUAAAUUAGGAAAGGAUCUGCCCGUACUACAAAAAACACUACUUGGAUGGAUAGUGUCUGGUCGAUGUCGAGCUCAUCCCAGAACUCUCCAUCAGUACUCAUCUAUCGCAUUAACAGAAAUUGACCAAAAAAUGGAACGGCUAUGGCGCAUCGAUCAUGUGGAGCCUCCUGAGAUCACACUUACGCCAGAGCAGCGAAACUGUGAGGAGUUCUACACCAAAACGGUACGACGUAAUUCAGAUGGUCGAUUGGAAGUACGACUUCCAUUUAAAGAUGAACCUACCGUUCUCGGAGCCUCAUUCGACAUUGCCAAAAGGAGAUUCCUCUCCCUCGAACGCAGCCUAUGCAAAAGGCCUGAGGUAGGGGCCAAAUAUGUUGAAUUUAUGCAGGAGUUUCAAAAUCUGGGACACAUGAGUCCCCUCAGAGUGGUUUUCGACGCAUCUUGCAAGACGACGUCCCAGAAAUCGCUCAACGACAUUCUGAUGGUCGGACCGACCAUUCAGCCAGAUCUUUAUACACUACUCCUGCGUUUUCGGAUACAUCGCUAUGCCAUCACUGCUGAUGUGGUCAAGAUGUUCCGCCAAGUCAACAUGUUUGCCGAGGAUCGCAGAUUCCAAUACAUUCUUUGGAGAACGUCGCCAUCGCAACCAUUGAGCACCUUCGAAUUGAAUACUGUAACUUAUGGCACAGCGGCUGCACCGUAUCUAGCCAUACGCAGUUUGUCAUAUCUAGCCGACAAAUUCAUGGACAAAUUGGAGAUUGGAGCUAAAGCCAUCAAAUCGUCUUUCUAUGUGGAUGACUUCCUAGGUGGAGCGGAUACGGUAGAGGAGCUACAUCAAAUCAAAAGGGAAGUUACAGCGAUUCUACAGGAUGGCCAAUUAGAACUCGCAAAAUGGCAUUCAAAUCACUGCAAGUUUGUCGAUGACGCUACAGUCAAACAUUUGCAGUUGGACGACGAAAUGCUAACCAGCACGCUUGGCCUAAAAUGGGACCAAGUACGGGACACAUUCAUGUUCUCGUUCUCGCCAAGAUUCGAUUCGGACCACGUCACCAAGCGCUCGAUUUUGUCCAUAGCCUCUUCGCUGUUUGAUCCGUUGGGAUUAGUUACUCCCAUCAUCAUAGUGGCAAAAAUUAUACUCCAGGAGCUGUGGCUCCUAAAACUACAUUGGGACGAGUCAGUACCCCAAGGCAUUCAUACAGCUUGGAUGUCCCUGCUUGCAUCGCUUUCGUCGUUGGAGUCUGUAGCAAUACCACGAUAUUGCCUCCAAUCAGCAAUACAUACCUUUCAAAUACACGGCUUUUGUGACGCCUCCAUUCGAGCGUAUGGAUGCUGCAUCUACGCUCGCACAAUCGGAUCAGAUGGGCUGACCAAGGUACAGCUAAUCACAUCGAAGUCCAGAGUUGCUCCCACCAAGAAGCUAUCUCUGCCGAAAUUAGAACUGUGUGGAGCACAUUUGUUAGCACAGCUCUACAAAAAAAUCAUUAGAAUCUUCGCUGACAGAAAGCCGACUUCGUUCUUAUGGUGCGAUUCUCAAAUUGUUCUACAUUGGAAUCGCCAACACUCGGCAACCUUAUCAACCUUUGUCGGCAAUCGAAUUGCCGAAAUUCAAGAACUCACGUCAGAUUGCCACUGGAGACAUGUUCCUACUCACUGCAACCCGGCUGAUAUCUUGUCCAGGGGCUGCACUAUCACCGAGUUGGAACAAUCGAUAUGGUUCGAGGGACCUGAGUUCCUAGGCCAAGAUCAUCAACAUUGGCCAAAGGACAGUCGAGACAACAGUGACAUUGAUAUGGAAACUGUCCAACUGGAGAAGAGAAAAUCAGCCUUUGCCGUACACACGACUAGUAAUCAACUGCUUGAAGGAAUCUACAAGAUCAGUUCGCAUCAUCGCUGCCUACUAGUUAUCGCUUGGAUGUACAGAUUUACUCAGCGCUGCCGUAAACUAACGCGACUCCAAUCACCUUCGCCGACGCCAGCAGAACUGAUGCGGGCGCUACAUUGCAUCGUCUGGAAUAUUCAAACUAUUCACUUCGCUCAAGAGAUGUCCUCGGUCCUCCUCUUCCUCCAGGUUACAGAUGGCUUCCAAAUGCUAAAGGUCGGAGGGCGCCUGGAGCUAGCAGACUACCCAGAAACCCAAAAGCAUCCUGUGCUGCUCCCAGCUAAGGAUCCAUUUGUGUCACAGUUCGCUCGCCAUCUUCAUCUACAGAACUAUCACGCCGGGCCACGGACGCUCGUCGCUUUAAUUAGAAAACAGUUCUGGAUAGUGAAUGCAAGGGACUUGGCGCGACAAGUCGUUCGCUCAUGUAUACAUUGUCGCCGCUAUCCACCAACUCUCGAAAGGCAGCUAAUGGGCCAACUGCCUAAAAAGCGGAUCACACCAUCUAGACCAUUUUCAAGAUGCGGAAUAGACUUUUGCGGACCAAUCAACGUCUAUUUGCGCAUCCGGGGUAAGCUGCCUACCAAGGCCUACCUAGCCGUCUUCGUUUGCUUUGCAACGAAGGCGAUACAUGUCGAAGUGGUAUCGGAUCUCACGACGGAUAGCUUCAUUGCAUCACUAAAGCGUUUUAUUGCCCGACGCGGACUUCCCUCGGUCAUAUUCUGUGACAACGCUACAAAUUUCGCAGGAGCUAACAACAAGCUCGAAUCGUUGAAGCAGUUUCUGUUUAAAGACGAAACAACAAAAACAAUCCACUAUUUCUGUCGCUCAGAGUUCAUUAACUUCCAUUUUAUUCUACCCAGGGCUCCACACUUCGGGGGCAUAUGGGAAGCUGCAGUAAAAAGUGUCAAGGGACUACUCAAUCGCACUCUUCGAGACACCAGGUUAACCUUCGAUGAGUUACCCACUGCAGUUGCUGACGUCGAGGCGAUCCUGAACUCUCGCCCGUUAACGCCGCUCUCAUCAGACCCAAACGACCUGGCCGCUCUCACGCCUGGCCACUUCUUAGUGGGUGACGCACUCCGAGCACUACCGGAACUUCCACCAAUCGACGACAACCUGGACAAGUUGGAUCGAUGGAAAAGGGUCAGCGCACUCAAACAUCACAUCUGGAGUCGCUGGAGCCACGAGUACAUCAACGAGCUCCAAGUUCGCACAACCUGGACGAAGACUUCACCAAAUUUGGCUGUCAACGACAUGGUCGUCGUUCACGAGGAUAAUCUUCCCCCACAACGGUGGCUUCUUGGGCGCAUACUCAGCACGAUCGCAGGAGCGGACAACAUCGUGCGUGUAGCCGACGUACGCACUGCCAAGGGAAUCAUCCGCCGCCCUAUACGGAAACUCGCCUUAUUACCUGUCUCUUGA